AUGGCAGACCUACCUACCUUCGUCUUGGUCCCGGGCGCCUGGCACAAGGCGACGUGCUACAGCAAGAUCACCAAGCUGCUGGAGGAAAAGUACCACCUGCGCUGCGUUAGCGUGACGCUCCCCUCGACGACUGGCGACCCGGCAAAGACCUUCAAAGACGAUCUCGAUGCCGCUCGCGAGGCAAUCGCCGGCGAGACAAGCCGCGGUCAUGAUGUGAUUGUGGUCGCACACUCGUACGGCGGCAUCGUCGGCAACAGCUCGGUCCAGGGUUUCACGGGGCCGCGAGACGGCGCCACCGGCCGUGUCGUCGGCAUCAUCCUCAUCGCCUCGGGCUGCAACCUGCCAGGCCUCUCCUUCAUGGACCCUCUGUUCGGCCGCCCGCCACCCGCGUGGCGCGUCAACAGCGAGACCGGCUUCGCCGACAUUGUCAUGUCCCCGCGCGAGAUGUUCUACCACGACGUGCCCGACGACGAGGCCGCCUACUGGGUCUCCGAGCUCCAGCCCCAGAGCCUCAAGGCCCUGUUCGAGGGCGGCGAGUUCACCUACCCCGGCUGGAAGGACGUGCCCGUCUGGUACAUCGGCACCAUCGAGGACCGCGGCCUGCCUGUGGCCGUGCAGCGCAUGGGCAUCGGCAUGGCGCGGGAGAUGGGCGGCCGCAUCGAGCACAGGGAGCUGCAAACGAGUCACUCGCCGUUCCUGAGCCAGCCGGAGCAGACUGUCGGCAUCAUGCUUGAGGCGCUCGAAGCGUUUACCGGCAAGCCCGUGGACUCGGCGCCGCCGGCGGGGCAGACAAGCAGGGACCUCACCACCGUGCCCGAGGCCAGACUCUUGCAGCCUCUCACUUGGGUCAAGUUCGGCCUGCCGCUCAUCUUUGGACGUUUCAUCGGGAGGAGCAUCCUCAUCUUUGGCGGCAUCAAGAAGUUCUUCGGGUCCAGGUCGUAG